CAGGAAGUUGCCAUUUUGUUUUCGCUUACUUAGUUUUACUGUAUAGUUAGCUUUUUCGCUGGAACUACCUAAACUACCUAAAUUAGAACGGGUUUAUUAUUUAAUUAUUAAUGAAACACAUUGCGCGUGCGAGCCGUAACGCAGAGACCAAUCAGUCGUGGAGGCUUUGGCCGGAGGCUAUAAAUCUCAGGUGGUUGCCGUAGAGACGCCUGCCACUGAAGAGCUGAACUCGGGAGCCCGACAGAUUUCGGAAGUUGUUUAGGAGAGUGUGUGAUGAGCUCUUAAUUGCAGCAAAGCGCGGUCUCCAGGCAGCCCAUCCUCCCACCCCCACACCCCAACGACGGUUUUAAACAACAGCUCAGCUGACGUGAAAGCCUGCUUAACCAUGAGUGGAAAUCCACCUUCACCAGAGGUCAUAAAUCACAAGAGACCCGGGCGCCUAACCAAUCAGCUAGUGUAUCUGGAGAAGGUGGUCAUGAAAGCGCUGUGGAAACAUCAGUAUUCAUGGCCUUUUCGCCAGCCUGUGGAUGCUGUAGCUCUGGGUCUUCCAGAUUAUUAUAAAAUUAUUACAUAUCCUAUGGAUCUGAGCACUAUUAAGAAGCGACUUGAGAACAAGUAUUACUGGGAAGUAAGUGAGUGUAUAAAAGACUUCAGCGCUAUGUUCACCAACUGCUACAUGUACAACAAGCCUGCAGAUGACAUUGUUUUUAUGGCACAAACCUUGGAAAAGGCCUUUUUGCAGAAAUUGUCACAAAUGCCAAAGGAGGAGGAGGAGGUGGUUACUACAAACUCUUCUAAAGAGGCAAUAAAAGUGAAAAAAGCCCAUACAGAUGCAGUAAAGCACAAGUCUCGUAUAUCUGAAGUUGUUCUCCAGCAGAUGGUAACGGUCAUUCCUCCUGAUGUGGCUCAGAUCAACCCUCCCAAUCAAGUGUCUGCAAAAACACAUGCAACAAUUAAAAAAACCUUGAAGAGGAAAGUCCACGUGGCAACACCCACUACCUCAGCUUUCACAAACAGUGAGGUAUCCCCUGAUGAAGAACCUUCAGUACCUUGCACAUUGCUCUCCAGAACGAGCAACGGAAGGCCCAUCAAGCCUCCUAGGAAGGAUUUACCGUCUUUUGAGGACAAAAGGGUCAGAAUGUCUGAACAGCUCAGGUACUGCAACAAUAUCCUCAAAGAGAUGCUCUCAAAAAGGCACUAUGCCUAUGCCUGGCCCUUUUACACGCCAGUGGAUGCAGUGGCUUUGGGUCUGCACGACUACCAUGACAUCAUCAAGCAGCCUAUGGACCUAAGCACAAUCAAGAAAAAAAUGGAUCAGCAAGAGUAUGCAGAUGCCAAGGAAUUUGCUGCUGAUAUACGUCUAAUGUUUUCAAACUGCUAUAGAUACAAUCCACCGUCAAAUGAUGUGGUCUACAUGGCAAGAAAGCUGCAGGAGGUUUUCGAAGCCCGCUAUAUGAACAUACCCCAACAGCCAGAAGGGUCCUCCAUCUCUGUCCAGUGUGCCGACAACAGGAAAUCUAACAGAGCUGGAAGUCCCUCGACCUCAGAGAGUUCUCAGAGCGAAAACUCUUCUGAUUCAGAGAGGUCAUCGGAUGAGGUUGCCAUGCAGCUGGCUCAUUUGGAAGAGAAGUUGAAAGCCGUCAGGAAUCAACUGAAGAGACUUGCCAAAGAGCCUCUGAUAAAACCUAAGAAGAGAGAGAAAAUGAAAAAGGAAAAGCGAGCCAAUGAAAAGGGUCUUGCUCGACUAAAGAAUAUUUCUGCCAAGUACAACUCCAUAGUACAAAUGAUUUCGAAAUGCAAAAGCUCUUCUUUGCUUGGAGGCAGCCCCCACAAUGACGGAGUCCCAACAAAAUACAGUGAGAUUUUAUCAAUACCACUGAGUAGCCAGGAGAGGACACAGUUAAAAUCCAACAUUGACAAGCUGCCCAGCAAAAAACUGAUUGAGAUGGUGAACCUCAUCAAGAGUAGGGAGACUUGUGUAGAAGCGUCUGAAUCUGGAGAGGUGGAAAUAGACUUUGAAAAGCUCAAAACGUCCACACUGAGAGCCGUGCAGCAGCUUAUUUCAUCUAAUCUCAGUAAAUGCAACAACGGCAGAAGCAAAAAAAAUGUGUUGAUCCCCCAAGGACUAAAGUGUGGAAAAACAUUAAAUAUCAGCAACAAAAAGCACACAUUGAAGAAACAGAAGCCAUUAGUUGAGGUGUCUGCUAACCAGAGCCACCUGUCACCCUUCAGCAAAAGCAGCAGCUCAUCAGACAGUUCUGGCAGCAGCAGCAGGGCUAGUAGCUCGAGCUCCAGCACUUGGGAUGGUAGUGACUCUGAAUCAGUGCCAAAAAUAAAGAAAAGGUGUAAAGAUCCCUGUCAAAAAGCGCAUCAACAGGUGACACACAAUCCCAGCAAUAACCAGGUAUCAGAGACCAGACCUUCCUCAAAGGCCUCGAUCAGAACCCGUCAUCCUUUACAUCCCAUUAAGUCCAUGGUUCCAGAAACUAAAUAUGAUCUAACACAGCAAACUGCAGGCCACAUUUAUGAUGUGCUGCCCAUCUCACCUCAAGAUAUGUGUACGCUCUUAUCCCCCAUGGCUUCUCCUGGAGUGCUGCCAGAUUGGGCUGCAGCCAGAUUUCAGCAGGGUCCAGUGCUGUCCCCUCUCACAGAUAGUCCAUUGCUGUGCAAAGAAGAGACGGGUUGCAUUGAUGUGACAGAUUUCAGGGACCCUGAGGAUUUUUCUGACAGCCAGGGGAGCAAUAUACCUCACAUCCAGACCACAAGUACAUCAACUGAAGAAGAAAAAUCACAAAUUACUAAAAAGGGCAUUUUCCUGAAAAAUGCUGAUUCUUGGGCAAAACUAGUCAGACAGUCAGCCACUCCAGCUGCUAUCAAGGCCUCUAAGGACAGCUUCCAGCUGUUCCGAAAGGCCGCCAUGGAAAAGGAAGAACGGGAGAAAGCAGUGAAAAAGAAACCAUUGGAUGAAACCGGAGAGAUGGAGGCUGCUGAAAGGAGCAGCCUUCAAGGCUUGUGUAAAACAGAAGAACCUCCUGAGAAGAUUGAACAAGAUCCCGAUGUGCUAGAGAGCAUCUGCCCAGAGGCUGGAUUGGAUGCUACCAAACGUGUCCAGAAGCAAAAAUCUCCAAGUGAAACAAAGCCUCAAACCCAACAGUGUUGUAUGGAUAAAGAGCGAGAGCUGGCCCGAAGGAAAGAGCAGGAACGUCGCAGACGGGAGGCUAUGUCUGGUAUUGACAUGACCAUGCAGCGGGACAUCAUGACUACAUUUGAACUUUACCUGGACUGAUGAAUGAAGCUGUAAACUAAAGCUGUACCUCCAAGGUCUUUGCUUGUCCUGGGUUUAACAGUGUGAGCUGUGUCAGGAAACACAACCUUAAACAUGCCAUUGAGCCUAAACAAUAAACUUGUGCGCAGACAUAAAAGGUCACAUGGAAAUAGAUCCUUCCUUCUGUUUAGCAUUUGGUAUUUGCACUAAUUCACUCUUGAGCUUCUUAUAAAAUGUUUAUAGCACUGGUAUUAUUUGAACUCUCAUUUCCUGCAUUGUCCUUUUUGCUACAGUUUUUUGUGUUUCUGUUGUCAAAUGUUAAGUUCUGUUUGUUUUAAUUGAUCCCUUUCAGUUGAUUGACACAAUAUUACAGUGAUUUUUUUUUUUUCCUCAGACGUUUCAGUUUCAGUCACAUGUACAUCAUACAUUUCUGUGUUACAGUAAUAUGCUAAUAUGUGGAAUGAUGAAUAGGGUAUUAAUAUUUCAGUGUUAACUGUGCAUGCACUGCCUGUCUGGUCAUACAGUUCUGACUGUUAAGCAGUUAUGAACAAUAGUAGCAUAUCAUCCAAGCUGUUUGUAUAUGUUCUCAAAGGUUUUCUUUUAAUUAACAAAAUAAAGCUAUUUUCACUAAUCAA